AUUCUUACAAGGGUGUAGCAGACUUAUAAGUUGAUUUCGUUGGCACCAGCACUCCAUUUCCUUCUUUCUGGGGAGUGAGCUGUGUGAACAGCUAAAGCUUACCUGGACCGUGAGGCUAUUGGCAUGCCUAACUGCUGCAAACAGUUUUAUUUGUAUAUUCCGAAGUGUAAGAUCAAAGCAGACCACGUGAUGUAUUUCAGAGUCCUGUCCUAAAAGCAUCGCUAACAGGAGAUUUUCUGGCAGCAGGGAGCAAGCCUGCAUGCAUGAUUGGCUAUAAACUGUGGACUUUGAAUCGUGAAGACAUUGAGAGUGGGGGGUGGAAAUAGGAGCAAUCAUUAGGUCUAUAACCGAUAGGACAAACGCCUGCCCAUGGAGUCAGCAGGAGUGUUACUGACACAACUGGUGCUGUGGAACAUGCCUGUGAGUGACUUCCAGGGAACAGCUUCAGUCAGCUCCUGGCCAUGCUAUAAAUACAACUAGAGGUUGUGAGUAUCAGACAGCCACUAAAGUCCAGCCUUCAGAUAAUAAUUAAUCGCCCGUGGGGCCAUUCACCUAUGAAUGGAUGACAAUUCAGAUAAAGCCAGUGAACAGCGACAGCAUCUCUACUGCCUCGCGGCUGAGCAGUGGGCUGAGUAGAUCCAACAUUUCUGGUUUCAAGAGAACUUAGAAUGGACAGUUUUCCUUGCCUCUGACUCCAUUCCUUCCCUUGGCAGUCAUUAGUCUCCAGGCAAUAUCCUUGGCAUCUGCAAACUGAAGAAACACCGGUGAAGUCGUGAUCCACCCCAGUUGCACAGACAAAUAUGAAGUUACUCUGGAUUAUCUCAUUUUUUCUGCUGCAAGACACUGAAACUUUCCUGCUGCAAAAUGCUAAAGUCAAGCAGUGUUUACAGGCCAGCCUAACGGAUGGGGAUUUAUUGCUGUCAGACUGUAAUUCAGCAUCAGAUUUCCAGAACUGGUUUUGGCAAGGAGAUUCUUUGAGGAAUCAUGGCACACAGAGCUGCCUCUCCGUGGUGGAAGCCGACAGAGUGCAGAUAAGUCCUUGUGACAGCGUGGGCUUCACGAGCUGGAACUGCUCCAAUUCGUUGCUCUUUCCUCUGGGCAGCAGCCAGGGCUACCUGGUGGCAAGCAAAAAAGGAGUCGCACUCGAGAAUGUGAGAGGUCUCAAGGCUCAGUGGCAAAGCGCUGCAGAGAGGAGUGUGUGCAAGGAGAAACCAGCAGCGCAAUAUAGCUACUUAUCCGCAGCCCUUACCAGCACAGACGUGUAUGACCACACAGCAUACAGUGCUGGCCUUCUGCUGGAUAUGGAGCCAGAAAAACUGGAGGAGCUGCUGUGGUUCUUCCGCAGAGAAGACCCAUCACCGUGGAAUUACUCCAUCCUUGCGCUUUCCUUCGUGGUCACAAUUUUAGGUUUUGUCCUUCUGUCCAUUAACAUUUCACGAAACAGGAAAAGGAAGAUCCACAUGUAUAAAGAAGCAGCGCAAGCUGCCCAAAAUUCUGAGCUGGAAACCAAGCAAGCCCUCAUAACUGUGCCAGAAUACAGCCCAGAAAGCCCGCAGAAGCCAGAGCCACCGCCACAGGAUGAGAGAUCGGGAGAGGUGCUGGUGCAGUGGAAGGAUGGGACUGUCACCUCUCUGUACAGGGAGACGGCAGAGGAUGCCAUGUAACAGCUGAUGUGAGGCCAUAAGGAACCUACCAGAAUGUCUCAAUGCACAGAAACUGGAGAUUGAAAAGUUGAAAAAUUGUAGCCUGGAAAAAAACAAAAAAAAAGAAAAAAAAAAGGGAAAAGAAAA